GCCCCAGGACACUGUGCAAAUGGGACGAGUCUCGACAGACAGUAUGAGCAUGCAAUCGCCUCGACGUGACACGUGGGACACACUCGAUCCCGGGAUCUUCCGGCCGCAUCCACAUGUCAUGACGCCAUUGUGAUUUUUUGGCCUUUCGAGGUGGUCUGGUUCGUAUCAGCUGCGAAUCCAUCCGAUAAAUCACUGACAGCUUGAUACAACGCUGCUCACACCCGACAGUGGAAGAUGUCGAAACAACCUUUGAAGCUCGCGCUGACAGGUGAAGCACUGCUAGACAGCGCACGUUACAACAAGGGUACUGCUUUCACGGAGAAAGAAAGGGCAGCAUUCGGUCUCAGAGGGCGACUGCCUUUUGCAGUCAAUACGCUCGAACAGCAGGUGGAGCGAGCUUACGCGCAGUACAAGGAUCAUGAUGUUGCCAUACGUCAAAAUGCGUUCCUGCAGAGUCUGAAAGCCCAGAACUGGACCCUUUUCUAUGCCUUGAUCACCCGACAUCUCGAGGAAAUGUUUCCGGUGAUCUAUACUCCGACCGAAGCAGAUGCUAUUGCCAAUUACUCGCACCUGUUCAGGCGAAGUGAGGGACUGUUCCUCAGUCCCCCUUCGGUAGACAAUAUGGAGAAAGACUUUUUGGAUGCGUGUGAUGGCAGGGUCCUGGAUUUGAUCGUUGUGUCAGACGCAGAGGCAAUCCUGGGGAUUGGAGAUCAGGGAUCGGGUGGAAUCGGUAUAUCGUCCGCGAAGGCUGUCAUCUAUACACUGGCUGCGGGAGUGGACCCCGCCAAAGCAUUGGCGGUCACCCUCGAUGUCGGCACGAACAACGAGAAGCUUUUGAAAGACGACCUAUAUAUCGGGUACAGGGAGCGUCGUCUACAUGGCCGCCCGUAUGACGAUUUCGUGGACAAGUUCGUCGGACUCGUCCGUAAGCAUCAGAGCAAGGCACUUCUACACUUCGAAGAUUUCGGUGUAUCGAACGCCCAACGGCUCUUACAGCGUCACCGCGACACUCAUCCUAUCUUCAAUGACGAUAUUCAAGGCACCGGUGCUGUAACACUAGCCGCCCUUCAAGCUGCCAUUUCCGUGACCAGUUCCAAACUCCAGGAUCAACGAAUCGUUGUUUUUGGCGCAGGCUCAGCCGGACUAGGCAUCGCAAGACAGCUGCGAGAUGCCAUGCGAGUCGCUACCGGCCUCUCCAAGGAAGACGCAGCCAAGCGCUUCUGGCUCAUCGACAAAUACGGCUUGAUCAAAGAGUCCCUCGGAGAUAAGAUCCGAGACGAUCUGGAUUCAGAAUUCAUCCGAAGGGAAGACGAUUGGGGUACGGAUGAGAACCAGCUGGCCGAAGUCGUCAAGCGAGUCAAGCCCACCGUCUUGAUCGGAACUAGCACUCAGCCUGGAUCCUUCACGGAAGGGAUCAUUAAGGAGAUGGCAAAGCAUGUCGAGCGACCGAUCAUCUUUCCCUUGAGCAAUCCUACCCGUCUACACGAAGUCCAACCAAAAGAUGCUAAUGCAUGGACGAAUGGUAAAGCGUUGAUCGCCACCGGCUCACCAUUCCACCCUGUUGAUAUCCCCGGCAAGUCCAAGAAAUAUGUCAUCGCGGAGUGCAACAAUGCUCUGAUUUAUCCGGGCUUGGGUCUCGGGACUAUUCUCUCGCGAAGCAAGAAGAUGACUGACAAGAUGAUUAUCGCCGGAGCUCAAAAACUCGCAGAGCUUGCACCGGCGCUAAAGGAUCCAGAUGAUGCUCUGCUAACUCCUUUCGGAGAUGCUGCCAAGGUCAACUUUGAGGUUGCUCUAGCAGUGAUCGAUCAAGCUGUCGAGGAAGGUGUCGCUGAUGCUGACGUUCCCAAAACCGACCGAAGGAAGUGGGCAGAAGCACAGCUCUGGAAGCCUGAAUAUGUCGAGUAUGAGUAUUCAGCACAAGGGCUCUAGAUAGAUCUGAAAGCGGAAAAUAGCUCAAAUCUAGAUA